UCAUCACGCAGUGACAGCGUACGCUCAACCAAGCGAUGCACGUUUGUUUUUGGCGAAUGAGAGUCCUACUGAAGUUGCUGAAAGUCUAGUGUCUCCGUGCAGAAGCUUUUACUCUGUGCACAAACAAAGAAACAGGGAUUACCAAAAUGUCUUCUACUGAGCCCGUCAUCAGAUCGAGACAGACAGAGAAAGAAGUCAAUGGAAUUUCAACACAGGUUGUCUGUACAGAGUUCAGCAAUUACAUAUUCAUAGUUCUCACUCAGUAUGGCAAAAUGGGGACAUUGAUAUCUGUCACACCUGACUCCAGAUCUAAUGAUAUCAGCACCCCAACAUUCUCCACCAAAGUACUGCUGGGCAAAGAUGAGCCACUGACGCACGUUUGUGCCAAAAACCUGGCAACUUUUGUGUCGAAAGAAGCCGGCAACAGGCCUGUCUUACUGGGACUGGCGCUCAAGGAUUCCUCCAUAGAUUCAAUAAAACAAAUGAAAGAGAUCAUAAAAAGUUGUCAAGUCUGGUAGAGGGUCAACAUAAUGCACAUGAAGCUUAAAGGCUUGAGAAAAUACAGGCCUAAAGAUGCUCCCAAUGUCACAUUUUUCUCCUGUGUAUUUUUAAACUGAAAUAUUUUGAGUAUUUUCUAAAUGCCAAUCUGUGAUUUAAAAAAACAACAACCUGAGGCUUGUGCUGCGAGACAAAUGUUUAAAUAAAAUUUGCAUUCACUCAGUAAAUAAAAGAAACAGUAAAUAAUUUCUUCUGAAAAACAAUUUAGAUUGUAUCUGGUGCUUUCUGCAAGCCACUGUGCUCUCAAAAACUGAAGACUGUGCAAUAGCUUCAGUUUAAUGUAUUAACCUUACCUUUUUUGUUUGGUUGAAUUUGUUUGAAUUUAUUUUUGUAUGAAGAUAAUUAAGAAAUAAAACCGCUCACUUCUUAAACAAAUGUAACUCCUGUCAUCUCGGCUCCUAUGCUUUUUCUAAUCUGCUCUGUCAAUUACAGCAGUGUUACUUUGGUGAAAAUGCAGUUAAAGAGUAAUUUAAAGUAACUUUUUAACACAUUUCAAAGCAAAGCAUUCUGUGCUAGCAGUGUUUUACUGCAGAUCAUGACAAAAAACGCUAAGCAGUGAGUUGCACUAUUAUUUCAGAUCCAUUGGCUGUGAUGAAUAUUGCUUUAAUUGUGUAAAGUGUAAUAAAUGGAUUUAUAAUAUGUGGUCA